GAUUUGUGCUGCCUUCUUGCGCUCUCAUGUGACUUUUGGGAUUCGACUCGGUUUCUCUGUGAGAUUUAUCAGAAUUUCCUUUCCCGUGUGAUAGUGAUAAAAAGAGCGCAACAACGAAAUCGUGUCGUGAAUAACAAGUAGAAAAAAAUAGUAGAAUAAACAAAUUCAUAAUAAAAAUGGGGGCUUCCGCAAUUCCAGUCAUUAUAUUCACCCUUCUUUGGGGCGUCGUGGGUAUUGUUUUGCCAUUUCUACUUCCAAAAGGACCCAAUCGAGGGAUCCUCCAGGUUGUGUUGAUACUGACAGCUCUAACCUGUUGGCUCUUUUGGUUAUGUUGCUACAUGACGCAAAUGAAUCCCCUUAUAGGACCUCAACUAGCCAACUCAACUUUAUUAAUGAUAUCUCGAGAAUGGGACGGGAAUACCAUUCAGUAACAAAAUGAUAAUUCAACGAGCUAUGCGUCUGCCUCGCGAAAUUUUGUGUAAAUAUUUUACUCAUUGUGAAAUUUUAUUUGAGCAAUGAAAAAAUAGAAGAAAACUAAUUCCAGAUCAGAUUGGGUAGAGCAUCAAGUAUUUCAAUAUUCAAAAAACCAAGAAAUGUGUACUAUGAAUAAGUUAUUGGAUGAAAAGCGAACAAAACAAAAUAUUAGUUUUAGUGCACGUAUUUUUUCGUGUCAUUGAACACGUACAUUGUAUAUAAGUAUAUCAUAAUGGCAUAAACAAUGAGUUAUAUAAUAUAAUGAAAUAAACAAUGAGAACAUAUGUAAACGAUUUGUAGGAAUGCGAUUACCACAAACAUGUUGGUUCAGUCAUGUUUCCAUAUCUUCUAGUAAAUUUGAUGUUCAAUGUUUUGUCUGAAAAAAUAUGAAAAUCUCUAAAUAAACACAAUGUUACGGUCACA